CUCCUGGUGAAAGACAGACUGCGGGGCGCCUGGAAACCGGUCCGAGGGCGCGCGAGGGAGAGGAGAGCGAGCGAGUUGAGGGAUUGACACAAAUGGUCAGGCGGCGGCGGCGGAGAAGGAGGCGGAGGCGCAGGGGGGAGCCGAGGCCGCUGGGCUGCGGAGAGUUGCGUGCGGCUUGGGGCCCAGGCCACUAGCGCGGCGUCGCCAGCCGGGAGCCAGGGAGCCGAGGGCCAGCAAAGGCGGGACGCGACCCGGGCGCGCCCGAGCCAGCCGGGCUCUCCCCGCCGCCCCACGCUUCAUGAACCGCAAGUUUCCGCGGCGGCGGCGGCUGCGGGACGCGGAGCGGGAGCCGGGGGUGCGGGCCGAGCGCGGCGCGGGCUCGACGGAGGGCACCGGCCGGGACCGAGUCUCCCGGGACGCAGUGGGCGCCGCCGGCCGCGCCGCUGCCAGCGGAGCUGCGCGGAGAAAGGAGCCCAGAAAGUAUGGCUGAGCAGGAGGCGCCUAAGAAGUCCCGGGCUGCUCUCGCCGCCGCGGGCGUGAGCCGGGAACUUUGUGCAGCCGGGGCGCUCUGGGACGGGCCGGCCGAGGCGGGGAGCGGGGACGCAGGCGGCCGCCGGCGCCGUUGCCUCCGCCGCAGCCCCUCGGCGGAGCCCGGGCGCCUGGCCCGGCGGCUGCUGCUUUUUUGGCUGCUGGAGGCUCCGCUGCUGCUGGGGGUGCGAGCGCAGGCGGCGGGCCAGGGGCCCGGGCCGGGACAGCAGCCCCCGGCGGCGCCGCCGCCCCCUCCACCACCACCACCGCCCCAGCCGCAGCAGGGCGGGCAGCAGUACAACGGCGAGCGGGGCAUCUCCAUCCCGGACCACGGCUACUGCCAACCCAUCUCCAUCCCGCUGUGCACGGACAUCGCCUACAACCAGACCAUCAUGCCCAACCUGCUGGGCCACACGAACCAGGAGGACGCGGGCCUGGAGGUGCACCAGUUCUACCCGCUGGUGAAGGUGCAGUGCUCGGCCGAGCUCAAGUUCUUCCUGUGCUCCAUGUACGCGCCCGUGUGUACCGUGCUGGAGCAGGCGCUGCCUCCCUGCCGCUCCCUGUGCGAGCGCGCGCGCCAGGGCUGCGAGGCGCUCAUGAACAAGUUCGGCUUCCAGUGGCCGGAAACACUCAAGUGCGAGAAGUUCCCAGUGCACGGCGCCGGCGAGCUGUGCGUGGGCCAGAACACGUCGGACAAGGGCACACCGACGCCCUCGCUGCUGCCUGAGUUUUGGACCAGCAACCCCCAGCACGGCGGCGGCGGGCACCGAGGCGGCGGCUUCAGCGGGGGCGCCGGCGCGGCGGAGCGGGGCAAGUUCUCCUGCCCGCGCGCGCUCAAGGUGCCUGCCUAUCUCAACUACCAUUUCCUGGGGGAGAAGGACUGCGGUGCCCCCUGCGAGCCCACCAAGGUUUAUGGGCUCAUGUACUUCGGGCCCGAGGAGCUGCGCUUCUCACGCACCUGGAUUGGCAUCUGGUCGGUUCUGUGCUGUGCCUCCACGCUCUUCACGGUGCUCACGUACCUGGUGGACAUGCGACGCUUCAGCUACCCGGAGCGGCCCAUCAUCUUCCUGUCGGGCUGUUACACAGCCGUGGCCGUGGCCUACAUAGCCGGCUUCCUGCUGGAAGACCGCGUGGUGUGCAACGACAAGUUUGCUGAGGAUGGGGCGCGCACCGUGGCGCAGGGCACCAAGAAGGAGGGCUGCACCAUCCUCUUCAUGAUGCUCUACUUCUUCAGCAUGGCCAGUUCCAUCUGGUGGGUGAUCCUCUCGCUCACCUGGUUCCUGGCUGCUGGCAUGAAGUGGGGCCACGAAGCCAUCGAGGCCAACUCGCAGUACUUCCACCUGGCCGCCUGGGCCGUGCCGGCUGUCAAGACCAUCACCAUCCUGGCGCUGGGCCAGGUGGACGGUGACGUGCUGAGCGGCGUGUGCUUCGUGGGCCUCAACAACGUGGACGCCCUGCGGGGCUUCGUGCUGGCGCCGCUCUUCGUCUACCUGCUCAUCGGCACGUCCUUCCUGCUGGCCGGCUUCGUGUCUCUCUUCCGCAUCCGCACCAUCAUGAAGCACGACGGCACCAAGACCGAGAAGCUGGAGAAGCUCAUGGUGCGCAUUGGCGUGUUCUCCGUGCUCUACACCGUGCCCGCCACCAUCGUCAUCGCCUGCUACUUCUACGAGCAGGCCUUCCGAGACCAGUGGGAGCGCAGCUGGGUGGCCCAGAGCUGCAAGAGCUACGCCAUCCCUUGCCCGCACCUGCAGGCGGGCGGGGCUGCGCCACCACAUCCGCCCAUGAGCCCCGACUUCACGGUCUUCAUGAUCAAGUACCUGAUGACUCUCAUCGUGGGCAUCACGUCGGGCUUCUGGAUCUGGUCCGGCAAGACCCUCAACUCCUGGAGGAAGUUUUACACUCGGCUCACCAACAGCAAGCAGGGGGAGACCACGGUCUGAGGCUCGCAGGGCAGAGCGGGAUUGGGGGCCCUGCGACUGGAGCCUGUAUUCUCCCUGGAGGGCAGUGCGUUGGGUCCGCGGGGGCGCUUCGGUCCACCGAGCCCCUGUGGGGAACAUGGUCCCUGGUGGUGGCGGCAGUGGACUCCUGGAGCCAGACUGCAGGGGUAGAGUGAGGGAGGGAGACUGGACCGACACUCCGGUACCAGUACUGGGUACGCUUUUACGACUGUAAAUAGCCAGUGUAAGAUUUUUGUAAGUAUAUUUGUAUUUAAAUGAUGACCAAUCCCAUGGUUUUUGUUUUGUUUUUAAGUUCAGUGAUCUAGGGUAGUCACACCAUCGCAGGCUUUUCCUUCUCUGGCAGCGCAGAGGGCACAGCCCACGGCAGGCCCCUGCGCGUCCCUGCUGGGGCUGCAAGCCUCCUCACUUCCCGU